ACAUCCACGAGUUCCAGUCCAGCAAGUAAACAGAGCUUUGUUAUAAUCCCCCACACCAAGCUUUCACGUUUCAAGCUCCUCUCUCUCCCUCUCCCCCCUCUCUCUCUCUCUCCUCCGCAUAGUUUUCUUCACUGAAAAUCAAAUCAUCAGCCAAUCUCCAAUCCUCUGCUUCCUCCCUCUGUAAAGCGAUGAUGGGUCUUCACCAAAUCAACACAAUGCUAAACCCUCUCGAAAUCCAAUCUUCUUCUGCAAAAUAAUAAUAAAAAAAAAAUAAAAAUAAUGGAGGUUGACGGCGUUUAUGAAGAUUCCCACGUGCCAACCGUUUUCGCAAAGAAUGAAAUUCUUGAUUCUCUCUGGGCUCCAAAUUCCUCCCCUUCAUUUCAUGGCUCUUCAUCAAUGGUGAACUUCGAAGAUGAUAAAAAUACCGAAAGAGAAAGGCCGUUCUUCGACAUCUGCAAAUCGGAAAGAUUCAACGACGACGACGAGGUGUCGUACGAGGAUGAGUAUAGCGGCUUCCACAAGCCGGCGGGGAAGAAGCGGCGGCUCAUGCCGGAGCAAGUUCUGUUUCUCGAGAAAAGCUUCGAUGUGGAGAACAAGCUGGAGCCAGACAGGAAAACCCAGCUGGCUAAGCAGCUCGGCUUGCAGCCGAGACAAGUGGCUAUCUGGUUCCAAAACCGACGGGCUCGGUCCAAAACCAAGGUUCUUGAAAGAGAAUACGGCUCGUUGAAAGCCAGUUACGACAAGCUUAAGGAAGAUUACGACACCCUCUUCAAACAGAACGAGGCCAUGAAAGCAGAGGUUGAUUUGCUGACAGAGAAAUUGGUGAUGAGAGAGAAAGUGCUGAGUGAACCCGUUGUUGCUCCGUUGGAUUUGCUACCGAAGAAUGUGGAUGCGGCGAGUAAUUCGGCGAAGAGCGACGUUUUCGAUUCGGAGAGCUCGCAUUACAAUACGUUGAUGGAGGGUGGUGCGGAUUACUCGUCGCGUGUUUUUGAGGUGGAGGGUUCGGGGGAGUUUUCGCAGGAGGAAGAAGAAGAUGGCGUCAGCGGGCUUGUGCCGAAGAUUGAAGGCGAGGAAUGGUGCGGCGACGAUCACGAUCUGCAACCGAAUUCGGGGAAUUUAGGGUUUCCUGUUCAGCAUCAAGGGACAUGGUUAUGGCAGUAUUGAGUUGGGUUGAUUCUUUGGGUUUUAUGUAUUUGGAAAAAAAUGUUGUUUUUAUGCUUUGUAAAUACUUGUUGAGGUAUCAAUAACAAUAAUGGAAGGCUUUUUUAGUGUUUUUUGUUUAAAA